AUGUCCAUCACGUUGUACAAGAAGGGAGAGUCAACAGGCUCCACGUUUACACAGUCAGAACCGAAUCUCGUCGGAGCCGGACGGGAAUUCACAAUAGCCAAUGUUACAGCAGGAACCUGGAUCCUCUACACUGACAUAAACUACAAUAAAGAAGGAAAUAAAGAGGGCAAGAAUCAGACUUUCAAGAUAGUAGAUGGUGACCAAAAAGGCGUUAAAAUAGAUUCCGUUAAUGGCUCCAUGUUCCUGGUAGACGAAGGACUCAUUUUGUUUGAACAUUUUGGGUAUGGUGGAGACAGGAAGGUACUACGAAUAUAA